AUGACUUACAACUUCCUGUGCAAUACUGCCAGUCUACCUGGAGUACAUGAGAGGCUGAUAUUCGUCACAUUGGAUACGGUAGCCAGAGAUGAGCUCAAGAGGACUUGGCCGGAUAUUCGGCAAUUUCAUUGGCCCACUCCGAGUCUCUAUGUGAGUCCGGUUCAAUCUUUCUUUACGAUUCAAUUCUUUGCAUUCUUAGGCAAGUCAUUCUGGAUGAUGCAGCAGGACACCUUUUGGCGCAAAAACCUUUUUGAACUCGGUUUUGAAGAUAACACGUCAUAUGAUGCCAUUUUCGAUCAGCUUGGAGUGGACGAGAAGACUACUUAUUUUUAUGUUUUUUAUUUUAUUUUAUGUACCAAAAAGCUCCAGACUUUCUUGCUUUGCAAUUUGUUUCAUGUGUUUUCAAAUUUGUAUAAUUAUAGAUUAGCACAUUCAUGGGAAUGGAUGUAUUCGGAACAGAAAAAUCCACCUUAUAUAAUGCAGCUGGACUGCGAGACAGGUAAAGAGGCAUUUCGCUAUGUUUUUGUAUUUUUUCUAGAAAACGAAAGUCUCUUUGAAACUUUUCUUGUUUUUUGCGAAGCUCAACUGUAUCUCUGA